AUGUCUACAACACCUGCAGUCAAGUAUAAGCCGGUCUCUGACGACGGUUUCGAGGACGUGAAGACCGACGACGACCACGAAGAAUACCCCUUGGAUCAGAGAAAAUGGAAAUCCAGUAGAGGCACAUCAAGGUCAAAGAGAGCACUCCAAAUACUUGCUUCACUCCUCAUCCUGGCAAUUUAUACGUGGGCAGUACUUUACUAUGCCCGUGAAGUCAUCUACAAGCCAUUCUGCCCUCGACUCACGACACCAGACACGGUACAUGUAUGGGACAAGGUUGAGUUCAACCCACAGCCCGUAAAUCCAGUGACGCCAGGUCAUGACCACCCACUUUUGGGCAACCCGAGCCCAGAGGUAGAUGCAAAUUGGUCUGCAUUACUUUCAGGCAAGCCCUUUGUGUCGGUUGAUUUGGAGCCUCGACACCGGUUCACUAAUCAAUCGCAGCGUUUGCCAACCGAAUCCCGGAAUCCGAGGUACACCGACUUGGCAUGGAGGCAGAUGCGAUACCUUUCAACGAUGGAGAAGGCGGCUAGUAAUCUUGGGGGCCUUGCUAUGGUGCAUAACUUACACUGCAUCAACUAUUUAUACCAGGUUGCGCAUAGAGAGUACUAUUACACUCCCAAUACCACGGAGAAGGAGGAUGCAACUCAGAAGAGCCAUAUUGGUCAGUUGAAGUCUUACAAGAAUGCGUGCUUAAGUCCGGACUGGAUCCCGGCGGCAUUGAUGUACAAAUAUGUAAGAGAACUUGUAGCUGAUUCCGACUUUGCCUCAGGACACUGUCUCCAUCAUAUCAUGGAGUCCGUGAAAUGCCAGGCAGAUUUGACCCCCGUUCUACUUCAUUGGACUCUCCACGAUUUCCACUCGGUCAUUAACUGGGACGGUGUCGAACGUACCUGUGCCGACUGGUCACAGUUGAUGGACUGGGGUUCAGAGCAUUCCGUGAGAAAGUCUACUUCCAUAUCUCAAUUCACAGACACGAAGCAUCCAAUUUACGGCAACUUCUUAGACGAACACGGCAAGUUCAGCUGGGUAGAUCAAGAGGGAGGUGUUGACUACAAGGAGUUUUUCAAAACGUCAGAGUACCAGAAGUGGGCAAGAGAACAGGGGCUCGCCUCAGGAGAGGCCGCGGCGGAAGAGUACCUAAGGUCGUUUUACGUCAAGCAGUGA